CCUCUUCGGCAACGCUCCGACGCCCAAGCAGCUCUUCUCCUCAAUGCAGAAUCCUGUGAUUGAAGAAACGCACGCUGCGAUCAAGACAGAGCUACCGGUGGAAGAGAUGAGUCUUCCGAACGGGCUGACAGCAACGAAGAUCAUGCCUGCCCCGCUAGAUGACGGCAAGAAAGGCCCAACUUUCGAGGAGGCUUUUGCACCGCCCUACAGUCUGCCCGCGUUGCACCCGCCCAAGCCGCACAAGCGAUCAUCCACCCGCGAUACGAGCAUCACGUGGGAGUUCAAGGAUACCAUCAGUCGCGGCUCGAAGAAAGGCGGCUACACCGUCCAAAGCUUGACCACCGGAGACUGGCUUGGGUACGGCGGUGUCGAUGCAGCUGACGGGUCGUCACCGCGGGAACGGCGUAAGCAGCGUGACCGGGCGCUCAGCGGCGGUGCAGAUGGCACGAAAGAACGCCCAGAUGUGUCGCUGUUGGAGGAGCAGCAAGCGGCGGAAGAGGAGGCGCUGUUCAGGCGAGCGUAUUCCAGCUUCGCGCCUUCACACGAUAACACGAAAUCGGUGAUUCCUGCGGAAACGAGAAGUCUGCUUUGGUGGCAGAAGGUAGGCGAGCAGCGGUUUGUUGAGACCUUUGCGAUAGACCCGGCACUCUCCGAUGAGUAUGCCACCACGGCAGACGCCCCAACACCGGUCCAGCAUGUCGAUGUGAGCGACGAUGCAGCUUUUGGCAAGGUGCUUGACGAGCUGGACGAGCUCGAACAAGACAUGUUGGACGUCGAGCCGGCCACAUCGAAGACUGAUGUUGAAGCCAUUCUACGCGCCAUAUCUGAGCUUCUCGAGACGCUUGCUUCACAUCAGCGUAUUCGCAACGCCACAGUGUCAGCUUCAUCCUCCGGGACACGCCCGCCAGUCAGCCCAGCACCCGUGCUUGCUUCUCGCAUGGGCAAGCCUGAUGAGCCGGCAGAGGACGAGGUGCACACCUACCAUGCUCUGCGCCGCGAGCUCGCGUAUCUGAUCUUGAGAUUGCCGCCUUAUGCGGUGGCUAAGCUUGACGGCAAUCAGCUCGCCGAGCUCGGUGUUAGCCGCCUCAUCCCAAUCUACGCCAAGGAUGUUCGAGGAACCAUGGACGAAGACCAAGUGGCACGUCAGGCCAAGCAUAAUGCCAUCGCUACUGCAGCAGGCAUCGCCUCGCUCACCAGAGGCAGCUCGACUUCCGGCCAACAUUACAGCUCGACCGCUUCACGAACACCCGCCAUCGGCCAAGCAGCCAACACGAGAUACGGCGCGUCGACGCAGUACACAUCCUCACGUACCCCCUCCACGGCACCGCAGCCCCAACGCCCCGUCAGCAAUCAGUCCACGUACGGCAGUGGUAGCACAGCCACAGGCACCGCACCGAGACCCACGUACAACCCCCAGUCAACCCAGUCCUACACCCGGCCCGGUGCGACGCAAUACGGAGGAGGAGGAGGAGGAGGAGGGCAACAACAAUACUACCAACCCUCCCGGCCCCAAACCAGCCACACCCCAGUCAACUACGGCGGCUACACCCAGCCCCGACCAGCCAGCACGACCAAUUACAACACCGCAUCCGCAUCAACUCAGCCGCAACAGCAGCAGCAACAACAACCACGACCCUACAACCCGGCAGCGAACGCAGCAGCAUACCAAUCCAAUCUCCAGCAGCAGCAGCAGCAGACAACGCACCGAACGGCUUCCCCAGCGAACGUGCAGCCGCGGCCCAUCUACCAGGCGCCGGCCCAGCAGCAGCAGCAGCAGCAGUCAGGUUCGGGCAGGGCGACGCCGACGUCGACGUAUGCAGCUGUUGCUCCCUCGCAGCCGCCGACGCCGGUGAAUGGGUAUCCGAGGCCUGCGCCGACAAUGGCGGUGGCGGCGAGGGGGGUGAGUGGGACGCCGCAGCCGCAGGUCAACGGGGUUUGAAUCUGAGUAAGAGAGGGGAUUGGGAUUGAUGGGACGUGAUGUGGGGUUUUUUUGCAUUGGAGUAGUGGCGGGUAGAUGCGGGCAAGGAAUUGACCCUCUUUCAAGUGUGGCAUAUCGUAGCUUUCGUGGUAGGAGAAGACGUACGAUUUUUGUGGACUCGUCACUUUGGGUCGUCAAGUUUCACGGCUAUGCUGUGAUAGACUGCGGUUGUUCGCUUCUCCGAAACGACUACGCCCAUAGAGAGGUGUAGAAUCAAAACAGAACCAUAGCAGAACACAGAA